AUGACAAAAGGUCAAGGCUCUACCAUGGAAAUUGUAGGGGAAGACGAGUCUGGCCGAAUCGAGCCAUCGGUAACAGAAAUGAUCCAGCGGGCAAGAAGACGAAGAUUAUUGGAGCGAGAAGCCAGUGUGAGAUUAGGAAUUAUGCGUCAUGUUUUUGUUAUAUUAGACAUGUCUCAGGCAAUGAGUGAACAAGACUUUAAACCUACAAGACAGAUCUGUUUACUUAAGAUUCUAGAAGAUUUCAUCAAAGAAUUCCAUGAUCAAAAUCCAAUAAGUCAGAUGGGCUUGAUAACAAUGCAGAAUAAAACAGCCAAGCCAUGCAGUAGUCUUAGUAAUAAUCCCCAAAGACACAUGGAGGCUAUCAAAAAACUAUUAGAUUCUCCAUGCCGAGGUGAGCCAUCAAUACAGAAUGCAUUAGAUGUAGCCUUAUCUUCUUUGCGCCAUCUUCCACGACAUACUUCUAGAGAGGUGUUGAUUAUUUAUGCAGCUUUAACAACUUGUGACCCUGGAGAAAUUGAAAAUACUGUAAAGAAAGUCAAGGAGGCUAAUGUUCGAGUGUCUGUCAUUGGCCUUACAGCAGAGCUCCAUGUAUGUAAAGAAAUUAGCCAAGAGACAGGAGGAUCCAAUAGAAACAGUUUUUUUUUUAUAGUCCAUUUAGAUGAUCUUCCAGCCCUUAACACCAGGGGUUACUAUUGCCCUCAGUGCACUGCUAAAUAUUGCGAUCUGCCAGCUGAAUGCAGAGUUUGUGGUCUCAUGCUUGUGACUGCUCCACAUCUUGCACGGUCAUAUAGACACUUGUUUCCUCUGAAGCAUUUCAUAGAGGAACCAUCACAAAACACUUCUGCAACAAAUUGCUAUGGUUGUCUGAAGCCAUUUACAGACAGUUCUGCAGACAAAAAUAAAACAGAAAAUGCCUUGCAUUCAGUGCAAGUUCCAGCUAGAGAGAUAUCAGAAAGCAUAAUAUACCAAAGAGAAUCAUACAUAGAUAAACCAGAUUGUUUAGAGAACAGCAAAGUUUAG